AUGUUCGAGUACGCUUCAGCACUAGGAAUAGCGAAGAAAAAAGAUGCACGUGUAGUUAUACCGUCCGAUUCUUUCUUACUGGCUGCAUUUAAUUUGACUGCUAUAGUUGUGAAUCCUCUCUUUUAUAAAUACUUGAUUGAUGUUCAAAGAAGUCUCAUGAGGUAUGAGAAAAAAAGUUCUGCGUAUGACGCAGAUCUCGUAAACAAGUCGUUUUCGGACUCGCAGCGGCAGUUUGAAUUAAUUGACGGUUACAUGCAGUCGUUUCUCUACUUUGAAGAAAGCAAAUCCAUCAUAAAACAAGAAUUCACGUUCUUGCCUAAUAUCAGUAGAAGAGCCGAAGAAAGACUGAAAAAUAUUUCACUGCAGCAUUCAAAACCUCUCAACCAAACAUUUAUCGGUGUUCACAAUAGACAUGGUGAUAUUGCACAUGAAGCUUUUGGUCCGUCACUCGGAUACGCUUUGGCUACUGAACAAUAUUUUGAAAAAGCAUUAUCAUAUUUUAGGUCCAAGUACAAAAACCCUGUUUUUUUGGUCGCUAGUGAUGACAUGAACUGGACAAUGACUGCACUUCAAAAGUAUCAAAAGGGCGAUGUAUAUUACCUAACAAAUGAAACGAGAGAGGUCGAUAUGGCAACGUUAAUUAUGUGCAAUCACACUAUUGCAAGCACCAUUACCUUUUCUUGGUGGAGCGCUUACUUAACAGGAGGUGAAGUAAUAUAUUACAAAGACUGGCCAACAAAGAAUUCUCGGUUGGAAAAAACAGUUGUAAAAAAAGAAUAUUUUCCUUCUUCUUGGAUUGGAAUGGCUUGA